AUGGAGUCUAUCCAUAUUUUCCGAAGAUACGCCCUAGCUCAGUGCCGGCGCCCAUGCCGAGUUUCCUCCUCGAUCUUCCUUGAUUUCCUCGCACCGACAGCUCUACGAGCUCAACGCCGACAUGCAUCUACAACCGGAACCUCUGGCAACCCGAAGCCUCGAUACAUCCUUAAUCAAGAGCAGCGCGAGUACCUCGAUAGCGCACUUCGUGUCAAUCAAGCAGGUGAACUCGCCGCCACCCUCAUCUAUACCGCUCAAACUCCUCAGAUCGUACGAUCCCACCCGCACCUCCGACCUUUGAUGAAACAUAUGUACCACCAGGAAGCAGGACACCUGAAGACAUUUAAUAACCUGGUCCAUAAGCACCAAAUUCGUCCGACAGCAAUGUACCCUGUUUGGGAGGUGGCAGCUACCUUCCUGGGUUGGUCCACCGCUGCGCUGAGCCGCGAAGCAGCUAUGGCUUGCACCGAGGCUGUGGAGACGGAGAUCGGAUCGCAUUACAAUGACCAAGUUCGGGAGAUUCUAUCAUGGGAGGCGGAUGCUGAGCGUCGAGGGGAGGAACUGGAUGAGGAAUUGAAGGAGAUGCUUGCUACCUUCCGGAGGAUUCGUGAUGAGGAGCUGGAGCACUUGGACCAUGCGGUUGCUCACGACUCCAAGGAAGCAAAGCCAUAUGAUCCAUUGGUUGAUGCGAUUCGCUUGGGUUGCCGAACCGCUAUCAAAAUCACUGAGAAAAUCUAG